AGUGCCUGAUAAAAGCCAAGAAAGUUUUAGAAUAAGAUACUAUAAAAUCUAUUUCUACCUUGAAGAUGACACCAUUCAAGUCAAUGAACCAGGAGUGAUCAAUAGCGGACUGCCUCAAGGAACUUCUAUCAGACGUCAUCGGAUUUCUCUGCCACCUCCUAAUGAUGACCAGUUUUAUACUGUGUCCCAUUUCAAUAUCAACAUAGAUGUUGUCUUCUAUGGCCGGAAAUUCAGGAUUUAUGAUUGUGAUACAUUUACAAAAAACUUUUUGAAGAAAAUAGGAACCAAAUUGAAUCCUCCAGGACAGUGUCCAGUAGAUCCUUACAUGAAGAUGAGAAGAGAGACCUUAGAGUUUGUGGAUCCUUUUCGUCCUUAUCAAUCCAUUGACACUCUGAAACAGUUCCUCCAGUAUGAUAGGAAGGUUCUGCGUUUCUUCUGCCUGUGGGAUGAUUCAACCUCACUAUUUGGGGACCGUAGAGAAUUUAUCUUGUAUUACUUCUUGUCAGAUGAUACUAUUGAAAUCAGAGAAGUAUUGCCAAAUAACUCGGGCCGGGAGACUAUGUCAUCAUUCCUUCAGAGAAGUAAGAUACCCAAGCAUGGCCCACCUGGAGUCUAUCAACCAGGCCAGAUAACAGAUCGAGCUGUUCUCAAUAUAUAUGGUGGCUUAUCAGAGUGGCGAGCAAAUGGCUAUCUGUUGGAUAAAUACCAGCUAGGAAAAGUGAAACAAGAGUUUUACACUGACCGUGACCUGUCCGCAGGAGCCACCCUCAAUGUGUGGGGAAGGAAAGUCCUCCUCUGUGACUGUGAUGAAUUUACCAAGAAUUAUUAUAAGGCAAAAUAUAAAAUUGAUAACUUUACCGCCAUCUCAUGCAAGCCUCCUCCGCUUCCAAAAAUAGAAAGGAAAUUUCCACCUUACACUGGCUUUGGGUCUGAAGAGGAUUCUCUCCGUUCCUGCAUAGGCCUCAAGCCCACACCUCAUCAUAAGAUCUUCAGGAAAUUCAUGGAAUACGAUGGCCAUAGCAAUGUAAACAAUAUACUCCGGUAUUUGGGAAAACUAAUCACAGAUAAAUGUGCUGAUGUGGACAGGUUGUUUGUUAUUGCAUUUUAUCUCAGCAAUGGCACAAUUUCAGUGUUUGAACCUACGGAGAGGCAUUCAGGGAAUGCUGUUGGGAUGUUCUUGAAAAGAAGUCGUGUUAAGAAGCCUGGACAGGAAGUCUUUAAAAGUGAACUAUCAGAAUACAUCAAGGCGGAGGAGCUCUAUAUUGGAACCACAGUGAAUAUCAAUGGCUACCUGUUUCUUGUGCUUAAUGCUGAUGAGUAUACCUUAAAGUAUAUGGAGAGUAAUACAGAUAAGUUUCCAUACAGCAAUUUUGACCUGGCCAUACAAAAGCUGAAACAAGAACAAUCAAGAUCAACAGAGAUCAAGCAGAUGUUCUCAGCUGCUGACUGCUAUCACACGAAGGUGAUGCCUUAUAAUACAUUCAGAGACAUACUGAUGAGCAUAACUCUUGGGAAGCUCAUAGAACAGGAGUUUAUAACCAUUGCACGUCACUAUCAGGUGCCGGAGAUUGUGGAACCAGAUAUUGCUUACUUAAUUCCACGGGUCCAUGAAAAGUUCAAGAAAAAUAUGUUUGAGAAUUUUGACAUAAUUGUUUUUAACUGUAUGUAUGAAGACAGAGAAAAAAAAGGUGUAUUACCCACUAAGGACAUCAAAAGGAUGUGCAAGGCCUCCAGGUUACCAUUGAGUGAUGAUCUUCUAGGAACCUUACUGUCCAAGUUUGAAGACAAAGACAAACAAAUAAAUUACAAGGAGUUUUUCUCUACCCUGAACUGGAGAAAGAAUCCGAUACCUGAAUUGCAAUUCCCACCAUACCUUAAAGAGAGAUAUGAAGAUGUUUGGGUUGGAUUGCCAUCACCUAUUCCUGUUAAAUAUAUUAGGUACUUAGACUUUUUGGAGGAUGUGUACGGCUUAGAGGAGAAGUGACUGUGACAGUUUUGGUCACUGCCCUUUGAUUAUUGCUCGAUCUUUUUCCAUGUUUAUUUUAAUAGAUAUAAUUUCAUUUAAAAAAAAAGAAACAAGAUUAACAUGAAAUGGAAAUGCAUAAACUACACUUAAUCUUCUUUUGUCACUGUAGUUCUUCAGAACAGCCUAUUAUAUUGCUGAUGUACCAACACUAUUAAA